AUGGAACAAUGGGGCUCGCGGCGCCUCGCACUCGCCGCUUCGCUCCUUAGCCACCCUUCCCUCUUCUCCAACUCGCUCUCUAGCCGCGGCCGCAGCUCCUGUACGGCCGUCGCCCGUCUUCACACCCGACGUCGCUCGACCAGGAACCCAAAGCAGGCUGCGUUGCCGACUUCGGCGGCACGAACCUCGACUCCGGCUCCCCCCUCGAAGCCCUCCUACGGCCACGACGCCUCCAUCAUGACGACGACCGUCGAGCUGGCCACGGUGCCCUCGGCCGACACCCCCGGCACCUGCCUCUACAUGCACCACGAUAAACGCUCCUACGUCUUCGGCCGCGUUCCCGAGGGCACCCAGCGCGCCUUUGGCAGCCGCAAGGUCCAUCUCGGCAGCACCGAGCAUGUGUUCCUCAGCGGCCCCGUCGGCUGGGACCAGAUGGGCGGCCUCAUCGGCUACCUCCUCAGCGUCGGCGGCGCCCUCGACGCCGCCCGCGAGAACACGGUGCAGGAGAACGAAAAGCGCAAGGGCAUGGGCCAGAAGCUGCUGAAGCAAUCCGUCCACGCCGGCAUCGGUGUCCACGCCGGCGACAACCUCUGCCAUGUCAUGGCCGCCUGUCGACCCGUCAUCUUUCGCCAGCCCAUCAGCGUUCGACCGUAUGAGCACAGGACGGACCCGAGGACCGACGAUGCGGCGAAUGUCGACCCGGACUGGUCGGACGAUGCGAUCCGAGUGUGGAAGAUACCCGUCCGGAGAUCGCGCUCGAGCAGUCCACCGAAGCGCCGCCGCAGCUCCGUCGACGGCGCCGACCCGGAUACCUUCAAGCCGCGCUCGUCCCUCUCGGACCCGACCGUGGCCGCCAUGGUCGUCGAGAGAAUCAUGUUCAGCGGCAGCCUCAGCAACAGAUCGGUUCUCUCGCGUCGGAACAUCGGCCGCCUCGAGCCUGCGGACCUAGCCGUCACCAUCCAAAACGGUGUUCUCGUGCCGUACAAGGGCCCUUACGCGGAUGUCCCGAACCCCAACGAUGCCGCCUGGCUAUUUCCAGCCCCAAACGACACCUCCGGAGACGCCGCCGCCGGAGACGGCACCCUAGCCAUCAACCACUUCCCCAUACCACGGACCUCGUACGGCGAGACGUCCAUGUCCUACAUCGUCAAGUGCCACGACCGCCGAGGUAAAUUCAACGCCGCCGAGGCCAGUCGGCUGGGCGUCAAGGUCCAGGACUUUAAGCUCCUGACCGCAGGCCAGAAUGCCCAAGGCAAGGAUGGCCUUACCGUCACGCCCGACAUGGUUCUCGGCGAGCCCCAACCCGGAAGGGGCAUCGUCGUCGCCGACAUUCCCUCGCCAGACUUCAUCGCACCCUUCAUGGAGCGACCCGAGUGGGACAGCUCGGAGCUCAUGGCGUACGUUGCCGUCAUGUAUUGGAUACUGGGUCCCACCAUCGCCGAAGAUGCCCGAGUGCAGUCCUUCAUCGCCAAGCACGCCGACAUCAAGCACGUCUUUUGCGCCGAGGACACCUGCCCCAACAUGGUGACCCAUCCAGGCGCCGCCGAGAUGCAGGUGAAGCUACGGCGAGUGGACCCCAAGAGGUUUCCCCUGACCAAGUUCGUCAACACCGUCCAGUUUCCAGCCCCGGCCGCCGAUGCACCCGUCGAGCUUGGACGGGCCGGCGCGAAGCUGCAGCUCAUGCCGCGCCUCGUCUUUAAUCACGAGGCCGUGGCCCCCUUCCCGGACCUCGUCAAGGCCUCCAACGCAGUUCACCCCAAGGUCCUCGAGCUCGCCCAACUGGCGGAAGCAGAAGCGUCCGACGCCAACCUGCGAGCGAGGAUCGACGAGAGCGAAAAGGACAUUCCGAACAGGGAUGCCGAAAUCAUCCCCCUCGGCACAGGCUCCUCCGUCCCCAGCAAGCACCGAAACGUCUCCGGAACGCUGAUCCUCGUCCCCGGCAUCGGCAACUACCUGCUCGACUGUGGCGAGGGCACUCUUGGCCAGAUGAGAAGAGCCUUUGACCCCGACGAGGCCGCCGACGUUCUUCGCAACCUCCGGUGCGUCGUCGUCAGCCACGUGCACGCCGACCACCACCUCGGGCUCGUCUCCCUCCUCAAGGCCUGGUACGAGCAAACGCUCAAGGACAGUAGCAAGGCCACGAUUGCCAUCUCCUGCAUCGGCCGCUACCGCACCAUGCUCGAGGAGCUCGCUCAGGUCGAGGACUUUGGCUUCCACCGCCUGCGCUUCCCGUCCUGCCCUUCAACCGACGACCGCGACCGCGACACGACGACGCGCGACGACCUGGGCGACGAAAACUUUGGCCUCGCCUGCAUCAAGCGCAUCCCCGUGCCGCACUGCUGGCGCUCUUACGCGACCGAGCUCGAGCUUACGUCGGGCCUGCGCAUCGCCUACUCGGGCGACUGCCGGCCGUCGACCGCCUUCGCCCAGGCCUGCCUCGGCGCCCACCUGCUCGUGCACGAGUGCACCUUUGACGACGAUAAGCAGGACCACGCCAAGGCCAAGAAGCACUCCACCAUGGCCGAGGCCCUCGGCGUCGCCCGCGAGAUGAAGGCCCGCCGCACCCUGCUGACGCACUUUUCCCAGCGCUACAGCAAAGCUGCCAGCCUGCGUCGCGAGCGUGUCUCGGGCGAAGAGCAAGGAGUCCUGCUUGCCUUUGACCUUAUGAGGGUCCGCCUUGGCGAUUUUCAAGAGGCCGCAUGCUACGUGCCCGCGGUGCAGGCGCUGAUGGAGAACUUGGCCUACAAUUAG